AUGCCAUACGAGAUCCCAGCUAUCGUUCAGGACCGCGUGUCCCCCCGUGCUAGGGAGUACCUCAAGAAGAUCGAACACUUCGUCGAAACCGAAUGUAUCCCCGCCGACGAAGUCUACGAAGCCCAAGUCUCCAAAGAACCAUCCCUCCGAUGGAAAUCAUACCCACCAAUCAUCGAUGAGCUCAAAAAGAAAGCACGAGCCCAGGGACUCUGGAAUCUCUUCCUUUCCAAGACCCACUAUUCUCAGGGAGCUGGGUUCACAAAUCUCGAGUAUGGCCUUAUGGCUGAGAUCUUGGGACGUUCUCAUACUGGCUCUGAAGCUAUGAAUUGUUCUGCCCCUGAUACGGGGAAUAUGGAGGUUCUGGCGAAGUAUGGAAAUGAUGCGCAGAAGAAGCAGUGGCUUGAGCCUUUACUUGAUGGAAAGAUUAGAAGUGCAUUUUUGAUGACGGAGAGGUAUGCGGCGAGUUCGGAUGCUAAGAAUAUUGAUAUGAAGAUGAGGAUUGAGGGGGAUACUAUUGUUCUUAAUGGAACUAAAUGGUGGUCCUCCGGUGCCUGUGAUCCCCGCUGUGCGGUUUAUAUCACCAUGACCAAGACUGAGAAUAACAUCUCGACCGAUGCAUUCAAGCAACAAUCCGUCGUUAUUGUUCCAGCAAAUACCCCCGGCAUCACUGUUCUCCGCCCUCUCCACGUCUACGGAUACGAUGACGCCCCACACGGCCACGCCGAAGUCCGCUUCGUCAACGUCCGUAUCCCCAAAUCCAACCUCGUCCUCGGCGAAGGCCGUGGUUUCGAAAUCAUCCAAGGUCGUUUGGGACCCGGUCGUAUCCACCACUGCAUGCGAUCGAUCGGUGCCGCCGAACGAGGACUAGACUACAUGAUCGCCCGAGUCAACGACCCCAGCCGUCGUACCUUCGGAAAACUCAUCAGCGAACACGGAACAAUCCGUACUUGGAUCGCAGAAUCUCGUAUUCAAAUCGAUAGCUGUCGAUUACUUGUCCUUAACGCUGCGGAUAAGAUUGAUAGAAAUGAUGCCAAGGCUGCUUUGAAGGAGAUCGCUAUGGCGAAGAUUGUAGUUCCUAGAACUGUUAUUGAUGUUUUGGAUAAGGCUAUUCAGGCUCACGGUGCCGGUGGUAUCUGCCAGGAUUUCCCGUUGGCGAGGAUGUGGGCCGGUAUUAGGACUUUGAGGAUAGCUGAUGGACCUGAUGAGGUUCAUCUUGCUCAGAUGGGUAGGAAUGAGAAUAAGAGGGCGGCGGAGAUUGUUAAGAGACAUGAAGCACAGGAGAAGAGGAGAGAAGAGCUUUUCAGAUUAUAUAAGAUCGAAGGACGGUCGCAGUUGUAG